AUGCCCCAAAAGAAAAUCCUCAUCGUCCUCUCCGACGCAAACUCCUUCCCCCUCAAAAAACCCUCCGGCCCCUCCAACGAAUCCAAAAUCGUCGACCAACCCUCCGGCUUCUUCCUAAUGGAGCUCGCCAAACCCCUCAGCAAGCUCCUAGACGCCGGACACGAAAUCACAUUCGCAUCGCCGAAGGGCCAGGAACCGAAACCCGAUCCGAACAGCGAGAGCCUGCUCGCCUUCGCAGGGAACUUCUACGAGCGCCGGAGGGAAAAUGACCUCCUUGAGCGCAUGAAGAGGGAGAAUGGAUUCAGUACGCCGCGGAAGUUAUCUAGUAUUUCCGACGAAGAGGUGCAGAGUUUCGCGGGCGUUUUUAUUCCGGGCGGACAUGCGCCGCUCUCGGAUCUGGGCGAUGAUAAAGAGCUCGGUCGGAUAUUGGGAUACUUCCAUAGAGAGAAUAAGCCUACUGCGGCGAUCUGCCAUGGGCCGUAUGCGCUCUUGUCCACCAAGGCGUCAGGCGGGGAGUUCGCGUACAAGGGGUAUAAGAUUACGUGCUGGAGUAAUGCGGAGGAGAAGGUGAUGGAGAGUAUGCUGGGCGGCGAGGUUGAGAAGGUUGAGACGGCGCUGAUGAAUGCGGGCGCGGAGAUGGUCGAGGGGGUUGGCGAGAAGGUGGGCUGCACGACGCUGCAUCGCGAACUGCUGACUGGGGGGAAUCCGAUGGCGGCGGAGGAGUUGGGGAGUCGGUUUGUGCGGAUGAUUAGUGUUUAA